AUGGUUUCUACUAAUGAUGAAGGUGGUUCGUCUAGUACGAAAACAGUUGGUAAACGUGGUGUGACUCGGUUGCAAAAAAUUCACAAAGGCAAAAGCAAUGGAAAGAGGAUUGAGGUUCAAUGGAAUGCAAGAGGUCAACCAAUCAAGCAUAAUAGUAAGAGUUUUGCUAGUUAUAUUGGUGUCACGGUUCGUCGGUUAGUUCUAAUUAGUUUGGACAAUUGGAGUGCGAAAGAAAAUAAAGAGGCUGUAGGGGUUUAUAAACAAAACAUUUGGGAUGAAAUUUAA